AUCCCUUUCCGUUAUUCAUUUCACGCAAUCUCUCUCUCACCGUCUCUCACCUAGGGCUUUGCGGCGACGGCACUCCGGCGACUGAGAGGCGGCGACGGCGAGGAUUAAGCGGCAAGGGCAAGCGACAAUCAGUGGCUCGAAGCAGAUGCAAUAGGAUAAAGUGAUAUAAUACAUAACCAUGGCUGACCAACGUGCAUCAGAAGAACCUGAAGAGCAAAUUGACCUUGAUGGAGACAAUGACAUUGAAGAUAUGAUGGAUGAUGAAGACCCUGUAGAGGAUGAUGGAUACAGGAGCAGAGAUGAAUACAGAGAGCAAGAUUCUGCCGGAAAUGAUAGCUAUAGGAGAACAAGAGAUGAAUUUGAGGAGCAAGAUCCAGCAGAUGAUGAUGAUAGCUAUAGGAGAGUCAGAGAUGACUACAAAGAGGAUGCACAAGAUCAUGUCUCUGAAGAGGAGGAGCGUGUUAAAGUUUCUGAGCCUGAUGAAACUAUGGAUGCUUCUAACUCCGUGACACAUGAGGAAAAUGCCGUUGAGCCAAUAGAUGAGGCUGAGAGAGAGAAACAUGCUGAGUUGCUCUCUCUUCCCCCUCAUGGCUCAGAAGUUUUCAUUGGUGGGCUUCCCCGUGAUGCAACAGAGGAGGACCUAAGAGAGCUUUGUGAACCCUUCGGUGAAAUUUUUGAGGUAAAGUUGGUGAAGGACAAGGAAAAAAGGGAAAGCAAGGGUUUUGCUUUUGUUUCAUUCACAGCAAAGGAUGCUGCACAGAAAGCCAUUGAAGAAGUGCAAGAUAAAGAAUUCAAGGGAAGAACCUUGAGAUGUUCACUGUCUCAAGUCAAAUACAGAUUAUUUGUUGGAAAUGUUCCAAAGAACUUGUCAGAAGAAGAAUUGAGGAAAAUACUUGUGGAGACUGGCCCUGGAGUGGAAAAUAUUGAAUGCUUUAAGGACCUACAAAAUCCAGAGCGGAAUCGUGGCUUUCUUUUUGUUGAGUAUUACAAUCACGCUUGUGCUGAGUAUGCAAGGCAAAAAAUGACAAAUCCUAAUUUUAAGAUAGACGGAAGCAAUCCCACCAUUAGCUGGGCUGACCCCAAAAACGCAGCUGAAGCUUCUGCAGCCUCUCAGGUGAAGGCAAUCUAUGUGAAGAACUUACCAGAAGGAGUUACAUCAGAAAAAUUAAAAGUACUUUUUGAGAAGCAUGGAGAAGUCACCAAAGUUGUUCUGCCACCAUCUAAAACUGGGCAAAGUAAGCGAGACUUUGGGUUCAUUCAUUUUGCAGAGAGAUCUAGCGCUUUGAAGGCAGUGAAAGCAUCUGAAAAGUAUGAAAUUGAUGGUCAAAUAAUUGAGGUUGUUCUUGCUAAACCUCAGACCGACAAAAAGUCUGAUCACGCCUCCAAUUCAUACAAAUCUGGACAAUUUCCAAAUUACCCUCAAUACCCUUCUUAUGGUUAUGGUGGAGACCCAUAUGGCGCUUAUAGUGGUGGAUAUGGCUCAUCAGGACAUGGCCAGCCUGUCAUAUAUGGUAGAGGGCCGAUGCCAUCAGGGAUGAGAAUGGUGCCGAUGGUUCUACCCGAUGGUCGCAUUGGUUAUGUUCUACAGCAGCCUGGUGCACAAGCUCCACCACCACCGCCUCCUUCACGAAGAAGUGACCGUGAUAGUGGGGGUCGAAGUAGUGAUAGAGCCCGUGGUGGACGCCGAUACAACCCUUACUAGUCUUUGAUAAUUCCUUGCUGUUGUUGUUUUGUUACGAGGACAAAGGUUUUGCGGUAGCUGUUGUUUUCAUCUUGGCCUUGUUUCUUCCAUUCGAUGAUAUCUGGAUCUCCAGCAACAAUGGAUCUAAAGGCAUUUGUCACAUGUUAUAUAGUAACUUAUUAAUACAGGCGUGACAAUUGUCAACGGCUGCUUCAUGCUGAAACUUUCAACCAGUAUAUGACAUUAUAUCUUGAAAGAUCCGACUGUAUGUUACUGUCCGUGUUUGUUGUUUAUUAUCUUCAAUUGGAUAGUAGUAUGUUACUACUGAGAUAUUUUGUGAUGCUCUUGUCUUGGAACUAUUAACUUGUGAUUCUUGGCAGCAAAGAUGGAUCUUUUUUUGCGUA